CAUUUUUAUUACAUGACAAAAGGUCCUUUUCCAUUUAGUUGAGCUCGGUUGAGGAAAUGAUGGCAUAAUGAGAACUUGAAAAAACAAGUCCUAAAGUUAAAUUAGAGAGCAUAGAGUCAGUGGGAGUUGCUUUUCACAGUGCUCCUCAUGAGUUUGUUGACCAAAGACAGGUGAUUGACUUAACAGGCAUCAGCCAGCUGUCCUCACUUGUCCAGGUAAACAGCAGCGGCAGCAGGUGUGACUGGCUGAACACAAGAAAAAACUGCUCUAGGUAGCAUCAAUAUUUAAGAAGCCACUGAAAAAUUCAUCACUGCUUGCUUUAUUUUUUGUCACACAAGUAUUGCCACACAACUUGGUGGAGCUAUUAACAGGGUGGAUAUUCUCAAUGAAGUAAUUCCAUUAGCGUAAAUUACACUGUCCACUUGUGUCUGACACGUCUAAUAAAGCUCUUUAACAUUGCCCAGCUCUGUUAUCUCUGGGAUGUGUACUCUGCUCCUAUAAUCUCUGGUGACCAGGUCAGAAGAAAGAGCUUGUGAGAACAGCAAGCAGAUUAUCUCAGAAAAUGCUGAUGCAGAAGGUCCCUUGCUGCCCCGUGGUUAAUACCGUAACAACAUCAGAACCUUUAUCUUAAAAGCUUUAGUAUAUGAUUUGCAAAAAUGUAUUUGUGACGUAAAAUGGCCAGAGAUUUGACCAGAAAAGGAGACCUAUCAUUUAAAACAGUAUUCAGAUUCGAUUGAACACCAGACACGAUCUUCAUCUUCUUUGAGUAUAGGGUCGUACGUUAGGUUUAAGCCCAUCUCUCGAUGCCUCAGAGACAGAGAAGGAGUUACAGCCCUGAAGGUUUCCCCAGUGGAAGUCUCUGUAGAUGCCUCUCAAACGUGCCAUGUGCUGCUGUUGUUUUAAGACCCGAAAAGCCCGCAGGAUGGAGGCGUCCUGCCUGGAGCUGGCCCUGGAAGGUGAGCGGCUCUGUAAGGUGGGCGACUACAGAGCUGGGGUGUCCUUCUUUGAGGCAGCCAUUCAGGUGGGCACAGAGGACCUGCAGGUGCUGAGUGCCAUCUAUAGCCAGCUGGGCAAUGCCUAUUUUCACCUGCACGACUACGCUAAGGCCCUGGAGUUCCACCACCAUGACCUCACCUUAACCAGGACAAUUGGUGACCUGCUUGGGGAGGCGAAAGCCAGUGGAAACCUUGGCAACACGUUCAAGGUGCUCGGGCGGUUUGAUGAGGCAGUGGUUUGCUGUCAGAGGCACUUGGACAUAGCGAGGGACAUGAAUGACAAGGUGGGUCAGGCGAGAGCGCUGUACAACUUCGGUAAUGUGUACCAUGCCAAGGGCAAAAGUAUCUGUUGGAGCGGAGCUGAGCCUGGGGACUUCCCAGAGGAGGUCAUGUUGGCACUGAGGAAGGCAGCUGAGUAUUAUGAGGCAAACUUGGCUAUAGUAAAGGAGCUUGGAGACCGGGCUGCCCAGGGCCGAACAUACGGUAACCUUGGCAACACACACUACUUGUUGGGAAACUUUCGCAGCGCUGUGGCUUCUCAUGAACAGCGUCUGCUCAUAGCCAAAGAGUUUGGUGACCGGUCAGCAGAGCGACGGGCUUACUGCAACCUGGGGAAUGCCUACAUCUUUCUAGGGGAAUUUGAAGUGGCAGCUGAGCAUUACAAGAGGACACUGCAGUUGGCAAGACAACUAAAGGAUCGAGCUGUGGAGGCCCAGGCCUGCUACAGUUUGGGUAACACCUACACACUUCUCCAGGACUACGAGAGAGCCAUAGACUACCACCUCAAACACCUCAUCAUCGCCCAGGACCUCAACGACAGGAUUGGGGAGGGCCGUGCAUGUUGGAGUCUAGGGAAUGCUCACACUGCACUGGGGAACCAUGACCAGGCCAUGCACUUUGCUGAGAAACACCUGGAGAUUUCCAAAGAGACUGGAGACAGGAGUGGGGAGCUGACUGCUCGUAUGAACGUAUCUGAUCUCCAGAUGGUCCUGGGUCUGAGCUAUAGCACAAAUAACUCCACUCUGUCCGAGAACAAAGAGAUAGACUACAACCUGCAUGGAGCGAGACCCAGGACAGGCAGGAGACACAGCAUGGAGAAUCUGGAGCUGAUGAAACUCACUCCAGACAAAAUGAAUGGUCAGAAGUGGAACAGUGACAUCCUGACCAAACAGUCCAAACCCUCCCUGACUAAGAGCUCUUCCAAGCUGUUCUUUGUCAGCCGUCUGCGUGGGAAGAAACACAAGGCUGGUGGCUCCAGUAAAGUCCUCCAAGACACCAGCAACACCCUGGACACCAGCCAGACCCCUGCACAGGGACCGCAGAAGCGAGUCAGCCCUGACAUGCUUGGAGAUGAGGGCUUCUUUGACCUGCUCAGCCGUUUCCAGAGCAACCGUAUGGAUGAUCAGCGCUGCUCAAUACAGGAUAAGGGCAGCAGACUGUCACUCAACAGUGGCCCGGAGACGCCUCCCCGAGCCAUCAGAAAAUCUGUGUCCGAGUCUGCGAACGUCUCAGGUGCCCAAGGCCGGCGGUUAGAGGAGUCAGCGGCAGCAGGGGGAAGCUUGCCCGGCCUCAGGCUCAACCAGCACAGCAGCCAGGCGGUGCUCAGCCACCUGAUGGCCAACGCAGACAAUGCCGAGCCUGAUGACGACUUCUUCGAUAUGCUUGUCAAGUGCCAGGGUUCCCGUUUGGAUGACCAGCGUUGUGCCCCCCCACCUCCCCCGGCUCGUGGGCCCACUGUACCAGAUGAGGACUUCUUCAGUCUCAUCAUGCGUUCACAGGCCAAACGAAUGGAUGAGCAGCGUGUCACUCUGCCCUCUGCAGGAAGUUGUGCAUCCAGGCAAAGCUCCAACUCCACCUGAGCCAUGUCUAGAAUCGACGUGGGUAGAAAACGACUAAACGACUGUGGGUGGAACGUCAGGGAGACUGUUCCUCAUGGAUGAACCCAACACUUAAGAUGGAAACAGUUGACCAAUGGAAGGUCAAACUUUUCAGUUAUUAACAAACUGUCGGAUGUGAGAAGCAGGAGAAAGCCUUCUAUGUAUUUGUCCUUAAGGAUACCACAGAGCACUGCCAACAUUAUGUGUAGUAUUCAGUAGGGAAAUAAAACUCAGAGUGUGGUUCAGCGCGUUGAAUCACUUUACUAGAACUGGAUUCGCAGAUCUUGCACAACACAAACCGUAGUAUCAGGGACAACAGUAUGAUGUUUUGUUUUUGUUUUUUUUUUACUAUCAAUGUUUUAAUCUGUACUCUUUUGAAUUUCAUAUUGCCCAAAGUGUAUCUUUAGAUACGCAUUUGCAGUUCAGUUUGUAUUUAUUUUAAUGAUCAUUGUUUUAUGCCAUGUCUUGUUCAUGUAGCUUCACUCACCGUGGUGUCUGACAGAAAGGUACAGCACUCUUUCCAUGUAUUUUAAAUAUUUGUAUGUAUGUUUUUGGAUUGAUUUAGGGAUUUCCUAGGUCAGCAAAGGCAUUUUAAAAAGGCUAUUUCAGGCAAACCGUCCUUGGUAAAAGAAUUAAUUAACCAUUGUACAGGACCAUAUGCUUUUUUUUGUAUCACAUGUAUUUUAAUUGAGGUGAGAGGAAUAAAGCCUCAUUUAUUUAGAGAAGAA